AAUCCGGAGAUAUGGACCAUUUCAAAAAAGAACAGAAAAGGGAGAUUGAGAUUGAGUUCACGGUCUUGUCAAAUCUAGUUGCCAACUGUAGAUUUGAGUAUUCCCAAUCGAAAAAAGAAUAUGAUGUAAGUAGUUCCCACGUAGAGUACGACUCUUCAUGGGCAUUCUGUUGACCUCAAGGAUGCUAACCAAUAACUGACUGUCACGUCGUCACUUGCCAGAUUGUGAUUGUGCCCCUGCCCCCACCAAGAGCUGUCGUCCAAUCAUCGGCUUGACUAGGCUAACUUUGGUUCACAGUUCCAUUCUUUCUUUAUAUACAUUUUUGUUAAUCUCUGUGACCAAGCCUCACACAUUCUACGAGAAAACCUGAAGCUUCGACGGCAGAGAUCGUCGGGAGUUGCAGAAGCUCAUCUGAUUCGCUGCCGAGGUCCACUUUCUGGCAAUGUGUGACUCACGCGCUCUAGUUUCAGUUGCUCUUCUUUUUAGCUUGGUUGCAGCUUCGGUCUCUGCUCAGAAAUCGAGUCCCAAGAGUCCAUGGCAAACACUUAGCGGGGACUCACCUCUGGUCAUAGCCCAUGGUGGAUUUUCCGGGACAUUGCCUGGUUACAGCUAUGUUGCGUACAGCUUAGCAUUGAUAACUAGCCUACCCAAUGUGGUGUUGUGGUGUGAUGUUCAAUUAACAAAAGAUGCUGCAGGAAUUUGCGCUUCAGAUGUCAAGUUAGACAAUGGCACUGAUAUUGCAUAUGUCUUCAAUAAGAGGGAUAAAGAGUACGUUAUUGAUGGGAAAUCUACCAGAGGAUGGUUCUCGGUGGACUUCACUCUUAAAGAGCUAGCCACUGUCAGCAUUAGUCAAGGAAUCUAUUCUCGCUCUCCUAGAUUCGAUGGAAAUUUAUUUCAAAUUCUCACAGUUGAUGAGAUGGCUAAACAAUUGAAACCACCAGGCAUAUGGUUGAAUAUUCAGCAUGAUGCAUUCUUCAAGCAACAGAAUUUAAGUAUGAGAAACUAUGUACUCUCUUUAUCUAAAAGAGUAGUGAUCAAUUAUAUCUCAUCGACAGAGUUGGGUUUCCUGAACAGUAUUAGAGCAAGACUCAAUACAAAUGUGACAAAGCUGGUGUUUCGAUUUCUUGGACAAGAUGAGAUUGAGCCUUCAACAAACCAGACAUAUGGUUCUCUCAUGAAGAAUCUUACAAGGAUCAAGACAUUUGCCUCUGGAAUUAUUGUCCCCAAAGAUUACAUAUGGCCUAUUGAUACAAAAUCUUAUUUGGAACCACAUACUUCUCUUGUCUCAGAUGCUCACAAAGAAGGGUUGGAAAUAUAUGCAUCAGAGUUUGCGAGUGACAUUCCUUUGAGCUAUAAUUAUAGUUAUGAUCCAGUAGCUGAGUACCUAAACUUCAUUGACAAUGGUGACUUCAGCGUUGAUGGUGUGCUAACUGAUUUUCCAAUAACUCCAUCAGCAGCCAUAGAUUGCUUUGCUCACCUUGGCAAAAAUGCCACAGAACAAGCAAAGCCUUUGGUUAUUUCAAAAUGUGGAGCCAGUGGAGACUAUCCAGGUUGUACUGACAAGGCUUACUCCAAGGCAAUUGAUGAUGGCGUGGAUGUAGUUGACUGUCCAGUCCAAAUGUCAAAGGAUGGGAUACCAUUUUGCUUAAGCUCUAUAAAUCUAAUAGAUAGCACAGAUGUGGCUCAGUCUGAUUUUAGCAACCUUACAACAAGUAUUCCACAGAUUAAGGCUGGCAUUGGAAUAUUUGCCUUCAACAUGACAUGGGAUCAAAUUCAAACUUUAAAACCUAUUAUAUCAAGCCCCUAUUCGUCCCUCACACUGUACCGGAAUCCAAGGAACAUGAAUGAUGGCAAUUUUGUGUCAUUGUCUGAUUUUUUGGCCAUGACAAAGAAAUCAAGCUCUCUUACUGGCAUCUUGAUCAGCAUAGAGCAUGCAGCCUAUCUAGCAAAAGAGCAGGGCUUAAGCGUAACUGAAGCAGUCAUUAGUUCCCUGAGCGAAGCCAACUUCAACAAUCAAACAGCCCUAAAAGUUAUGAUUCAGUCUACUAAUAGUUCUGUUCUAUCAAAGUUCCUAGGCAAAAAUAAUUAUGAACUCGUGUACAAGAUUGAAGAGAAAAUCCGAAGUCUUGAUGAUGGCUCCUUGAAGGACAUCAAGUCAUUUGCUGACUCUGUGGUUGUUGACAAGGCCUCUGUCUUCCCAGAUACUAAGUUAUUUUUGACCGGUAGUACAGAUGUUGUUAGUAAGCUUCAGACAAAGAACCUUUCUGUUUACGUCGAAACCUUCAGCAACGAGUUUGUUUCUCAAGCAUGGGACUUCUUCUCUGAUGCAACUGUGGAAAUAAAUUCCUAUGUCAUGGGAGCCAGUAUUGACGGUGUAAUCACAGACUUUCCUAAAACAGCUGCUAGAUACAAAAGAAACCGAUGUUUGGGUCUAGGUGACAAUACACCUGUUUACAUGAGCCCCGCUCAGCCUGGCAGUCUCAUACAACUCAUCAGCCCUCCUGAUAUGCCACCAUCUGAGGCACCAAACCCAGUAUUGACAUUGGAUGAUGUGUUGGAGCCGCCUUUGCCUCCUGUCUCACCAACCAGUUCAGUUUCUACGCCCAACUCUACAGCAGUGGCACCAACAUCUCGCAAUGCACAGCCUAUGAUUGCUGCUGGCUCGUUUCUAUUGAGCUUAGCUAUGCUCCUUUCUGCUCUUCUCUUGUUCUGAAACCGUACUGGUUUAUAGCUUUGAACUCUCUUUCUGCCCAAGUAUUUUGCCUAGUUAGGAUAUUUUCGCUGCUCCAAUAUACUAUUAUACUGAUCGAUUCUUUUUGCCUCUCUACCCCUGUUGUUGUUGUUGUAGAUAUGUUCAUUCUUCUUCCAAAUGUAAGUUUAGGAAUAAAAACUAUUUCACAGAUACAUGUCAGAUAGAACAUUUUAGUCAGCAUUUUCUUUCCUUUUAAUUGUUUUAAGACAUUUAUAAUUAUUAUUCUUUAGUGUGUAUUAUAAGAUAAAUAUUUGAGUCCUCAACUAGAAGCAUGUUACAUCUUGUUCAUGCCUAUAUUUUUUCGUUCUUUCUGUUA